UCCAUGGCCGCAGCGCAGCACCGGAGGCCGCGGCGCGGACUUCGAUGAGCGCAAGGUGGAUGAGCGCGGCCACAACCUCCAGUCGUGGGAGGUUUCCUCUCAUAUCAGUGAUACAAUAUGUCAUCAUGUCAUCCAUACUCGUGGCCCUGCUCACAUUCCUGUGCCAGGAUGUCGUCUUCGGCAAAGCUAUUAACUCUUUCGCGGGCCCUUACAUAUUUUAUGCCGAGCGCAUUUACAUGUGUGAAAACAACGCGGAAAUGGCUUGGAGAUGGCAUUUUCGGGCCAGUCACUUCAACCCACAAAAACCAAGGGAAUUACAACGCCUGACCGGUAACUUGACGGGUGUUAAUGUAACCAUUGAUGACAGCUUAGGGGCUAAAAUUUUACUGGAUAUUUGGGCACAAAACCAAUGGAAGGAGAACGCCUUUCUCUUCUCAUUUAAAGACAAGGCAUGUACAUUGAUAAGAGUACUCGCCCCUACCUUUUACGGGCAAAUUUUAAAGCAGAAAGAAACUAAAGGCGAUUGCAUACUAAAACCGGGGAUUUACGAGGCCAAUGACACCCCAGUGGAAUGGGUAUUUCCAAAAGUACCAAUCAUGCCUUAUGGACGCUAUAGGAUGAAAAUAUUGUUGGGCACGGCCCCAAAACUAUACGGAUGCUUCACAGCAGUAGCUACGAUGAUUCCGAAAGUCUAGUAACAUUAGCAUGUUGUAUGAUUAUGUUUGUUAUUGUAUCACGGGGAUUUAAAAGAGUGUGAAGUACUUAAGUCCUCUGACUUGACUUUGACAGCACACAUUAGUCACAAAUAGGCGCAAGUAUCACGAACGUUUAAGCUU